AUUAAUUUCUACCCACUCAACUCUUCCAUUUAAUUUUCUCCAUAGCUCCGCAGGAUUUCUCCAUAACCGACCUCAAGAUCUCAUUUGUUCUUUAAAAUCUCCACUCCUUUCCUUAUCAUCCAAAUUUAUUUUCUAAUCAGAUGUCGUUCGACGGAGACGACCGUCUAAAUUAUGUGUCUGAUUCCGAGCUUGAAGAAGAUGAAACCACAUCAGAUGCUGAUUAUUGGGCUGGUGUUCGAGCUGUAGCAGGAGACCGAAGCUUGACUCCGAUAUCUUGUUAUCCUCGUUGUAGUCCAGAAAGCCAGAAGCGGACUGAAGAAUUUAUAGCCAACUUCAUAUUACCCCAAAAGAAAGGUACCCCCCAAACCCCUCUUAAGAGUGAAAAGAUGAUCACUGAUGAUAGAGAAGACCGUCUGGGUUAUGUAUCUGAUUCAGAGGUUGACGAAGAAGAAACCAAAUCAGAUGUUGACCCUUGUGCUGUUGUUCGAGCGGUAGCAGGAGACCAAAGCUUGAUUCUGAUAUCUUGUUAUCCUCGUUAGAGUCCAGAAAGCCAGAAGCGGACUGAAGAAUUUAUAGCCAACUUCAUAUUACCCCAAAAGAAAGGUACCCAAAAAACCCUAUAUUGUUUUCUGUGAAUGUGUUUUUCUGAAUUAUCUGGAUUUUUUUGAUAUUCCCUAAAAGCAUCAGAAUUUUUAGGUGUUCCCUAAAAUUUUUUGGAUUUUUAGAUAUUCCAUACAAAUAUUUUAAUGUUUUGAGUAUUCUGUCCCAUGGGAGCUUUGUUUUGUGUGAAUGUGAUUUUCUGAAAUCUCUGAUUUUUUAAAAUAUUCCCAAAAAACAUCCGCAUUUUUAGAUAUUCCUUAAAUAUUUCUGGUUUUUUGAGCAUUCUGUCCCUUAAGAGCUUUGUUUUCUGGGAGUGUGCUUUUCUGAAUUAUAUGGAACUAUGUAAAACAAUUUAAAAGCUUAAUAUAAUCUUAUAUUGAUACUACCUGAAUAGUUUCAGAGAAUUACAUUUAGAUCAUUGGUAGACAAAAAAGCAUGUUGUUUAAGAUUGUACAACCUCAAAAUGUAAAAAAUAGAGGCAGUUUAUGCUUAAACAACUCCGUCAUAGAUCAUAAAGCUAGUUGUUAUCCUCUGUGGUGUGUCCUUCGGUGAUCAUAGUCUGGUUGAGGUAGCUUACAACCUGAUGGAUUAGUUGUUGUGUAACUGUGGCUUCUUGCAUUAGUUCUCCUUGCCUCCUUUGCUUUGCUUUUCCAAUGUGUGGCAAUCGAUACUUGUUACAGACUUCAUGCUUCAUGAUUUCAAUCAUGCAAUAUUGUAGGGUGGUCCAAGCAUCAUUAAGCUUAUCAGCUUCUAGGUUUUCAAAUGCUUUUUCCACAGCACUAAUUAGAUCAUCCACUGUUUUCAUUUUAUAUUCUUGUUGUAGUGAUUGGAUAGACCUAAAAAAACCCAAAUCUAAAAUAUUUAGAUCUGGACUGUUAGGAGGCUGGAAUAGAAGAUGAAUGUCCCACCCAUCACUGGUGGCAGCAUUCACAAAUUCUGGAUCUUCCGGAUUAAUGUGAGGUUUAGCAUUAUCUUGCCGAAUAAAAAUGGUCUUACUUGCACCUUCGGGCCAUUUAUCUUUGAUUGCGGGUAGAAUCUUGUAAAGUAGACAAUCUCUUGUGACUUGUUUGGUGAUGGAAGUGACUGCCUUUGUCUCUAGAGUUCCCUUAGGCCUAUUCUUACUUCCUCUCUUUGCUGCCUCUUUUGUUAUGAAAGGGAAUAUACCUAUCUUGCCAUCAAAUAUUAGUUCACCAUCUGAACCAUAUAUGUGCCGUGAAACUGCAGCCAUAAACAUUAUCUUUGUGAUGAAACUUUUUGAUUUGCAAGUUCUGUGUGGAUCCAUCUCUUCUUGGAUCCAUAUAUGGGCCGUGAAACUGCAGCCAUAAACAUAAUAUUUUUCAUUCCUUAUUAGUAAAAAAUUUAAAAAAAAAUCAGAUUUUGAAAAUUUAGAAUGUGAAGAAUUUAACAAUAUUUUUUUUAAAAAUAAUUUAUAAUACACCAAUAAAUAAAAUAUAGUCAAAGUAGAAUCUGUGAAUAGUGAAAAAAGUCCAAUGUUACAAUUAAAAGAGAACGAAUGUACGUAGUAUCAACUACGUACAUUCAAAGGAUAAAAAUAAGACUUAUUUUUUACGAAGUAAUUCCCAAGAAUAGUACGUAGUAUCAACUUAACAAGCUGAACCUUGGUUCCCAGUUCCUCUAGGCAACUGCUCGCCUCCCUUAAUCCUAUGUUUAAAAAACCGACCCGACCCGAUCGGGUCGACCCGGAACCCGGCGACCCGGACAAAAACCCGGAUCGGUUAGUUCAAAACCCGGAAAUGAUAUAAAACCGAAAAAACUCAGUUAACCCUUGAAACCCCGGGUAUUGGGCGUAUUUUCCAAAAAAAAAAGCAAUUUCUUUUUUAAUUUUAAUGCAUUUUUUAAACCAAUAAAAUUGCAAUUUCAAUAUCGUAAAAAGAAAAACUAUGUAAUAUAUUUAUAUAUUUAUUUAGGAAUAAAAAUCAUGCCAAAAUAUAUUAUAUAUGUACAAUACAAAUAUAAUUAUAUAUAAUUAUAUGUUUAUUAAUAUUAUAUGGACAUAUAAUCGUUGACCGGGUUGACUCACCGGGGCCGGGGUUCACCCGUGACCAGUCAUGUGGCCGGUCGCUUCCCGGUCCGGUUUUUCAAACAUAACCAGCUUAAUCGUCUCCUUCAGACACGGUGUGGUCGUCCCUUCUCCACCUCUGUACAGCCGUUGUCCGUUGCCGCCGCAAGUAGGGGUGGAAACAGGACAGCAUACGAUGGCUAUUGUCGAAACAUGUCGGGCUUGUUUAAUUAUGUUUAGGGCUGAGCAUGAGUCUCGGCAUAUUUGGUCCUCUAGCUGCAGUCGUGCCCCCCUCUAAAGAAUAUUAAACUGGAUCUUUUUAUUGUUUAUUGGGCCUUUGUAUAUUAGCCGAUCUUAUAUCUUCUAUUAGAAUAGUUUUUAGCACUUUAGUAUAAAUACAAUUGUAAAACCCUAAUCUGGAUACUUUUGAUUCAUUUUUUGAUCUUCUUCAUCCUCUCUGCUCUCGAUUACUGCUUCCGCAUUCUUCAUCCCACAGAUACAGAAAUUCACAUGGUAUCAGAUUAAGGCAUCGAUCCUUACUGAUUUUUCUUUCGAUUCUUCUUCCUCAAUCGAUUUCUAUAAUCGAUUCUACUGCUUCAAUCGGUUGCACUCUUAAUCGAUUACUUCACAAAAACCCUAGAUUUCAUGGCUCUACCGCUAAAUCCCCUCGAAGAUCCUUCGUCGCCUUAUUACCUUCAUCUGAGCGAUCACGCUGGCCUGCACAUCAUCCACGAAACUCUCACAGGCGAAAACUUUGGUGCUUGGAAGAAGUCAGAUUCUAUGGCUAUGGCGGUGAAGAACAAAAUGGGCUUCCUCGACGGAUAUGUCAAACAACCAAACUCAGACGAUGCUCUCUACUCUACUUGGUAUCGUAUCAACGCUUUUCUAUUGUCUUGGUUACUCUAUUCUAUUUCUCCUACUAUUCGCAAUACUUUUCUUUACUUUACCAAUGCUAAGGAACUUUGGGAUGAAGUUCAACUUAGGUAUGGUGAAAGUGAUGGACCUAGACUUUUUCAACUCAAAAAAUCUCUAGGUAAUCUUUCUCAAGGUUCUCAAAAUAUUACUGAUUAUUAUAAUUCCUUCAAAGAACUUUGGGAUGAAUAUUCUGAAUUCAGAGCUAUUCCUUCUUGUACUUGUGGUCGUUGCACUUGCAAUAUUUCUGAAACUUACCAGAAGUUACUCCAAAAAGAGUCUAUUCUAAAAUUUCUUGUUGGUCUGAAUGAUUCUUAUGUUCAUUUACGCAGUCAAAUUCUUCUUAAUACUGAAAAAGGCAUUCUAUCAAAUGUCUACUCUAUCUUCUUACAAGAAGAAUCUCGAAGAUGUCUCCAAUCUUUUGUUAAUCCUUUUUCUGAGUCUUCUAAUUCUGACAAAACCAGUAAUGAUGCUACUGCCUUUCUUGUUAAAAAUUUCAAGAAGAAGAGUUCUGUUACUUGUUCUCAUUGUGGUUACCAAGGUCAUUCCUCUGAAAAAUGUUUUCAAAUCAUUGGCUAUCGUGAUAAGUGGAAAGGUCCUAAAGGACAGAGAGUUGCCCCUGGUUUCAAACCUCAAUUUAACUCAAACAAAAAUCCUCAAGCUCAUACGGUGACUAACUACACUGAAUCAACACCUAUCUCAACAAAUCAUGCUUCUGCUACCACUGACUUCAUUGAUCUAACUUUAUAUGACAAGUUCCUCCAAUUCAUGCAAACUCAACAAACAAAGACUGUUUCUACUAAUAUUGUUAUUGUUGCUCCUAAUGCUUCCUCUCCCGCUUCUCCAAAUGAUAAUCAGUUUGUAGGUAAUCAUUUUGCUUUCAAUACUUUUAAAAAUUCUAAUUGGAUACUAGAUACCGGAGCAUCUGAUCAUAUGGUUUAUGAUGCUUCAUUAUACACUACUCCAACAAAAAAUAUUUUUAUUAACAUACAACUACCUACUGGUAAUUUUACUUCUGCAACUAAAAUUGGUGACAUUAAAUUGAAUUCUUAUCUUACUCUACAUAAUGUCUUAUAUGUUCCUAAUUUCUCUUAUAAUCUUAUGUCUAUAUCUACCUUAACUUCUCAUGAUAAUAUUUCUGUUUCCUUUACUUCUAAACAUGCUAUAUUGCAAGACCGCCUUACUCACAAAAUGAUUGGCUAUGCUGAUUUACAUAAAGGCUUAUAUAAUUUUAAUUCUGCUUCAUCCAUUACACAUACUCCUACCGUGCAUUCUGCAAACAGUCAACAUUCUCAACGUGAUGUUUCUGCAACUACUUUUUGGCACUUCAGAUUAGGACAUUUCCCUAUUAAUAAACUCUCUUUCUUAUCUGAUUGUAAUAUCUCUAAUAAUGAAAAACAUUCCUUUCCUUGUGAUAUAUGUCAUUUUGCUAAACAAAAAAGACUUCUUUUUCAUAUUAGUACUUCUCAUGCUUCUACUGCUUUUGAUUUAAUUCAUAUGGAUGUUUGGGGUCCUUAUAAAGUUACUUCUUAUACUAGUUUUAGAUAUUUCCUAACCAUUGUUGAUGAUUAUACUAGAUGUACUUGGGUAUUCUUACUUAAGACAAAAUCUGAAGUUAAAUUUCAUAUGAUAAAUUUUUAUAAGUUCAUUGAAAUUCAAUUUCAAAAGAAAAUCAAAAUCAUUAGAACUGAUAAUGGUACUGAAUUUUUAUUUCCUGAAUUCUAUCAUUCAAAUGGUAUUCUUCAUCAAUUAUCUUGUGUUGAAACUCCUCAACAAAAUGGUAGGGUUGAAAGAAAACAUCAACAUAUUUUACAGAUUGCUAGAGCUCUUUUAUUUCAAUCCUGUUUGCCUAUAUCGUUUUGGUCUGAAUGUAUUCUUAAUGCUGUUCAUAUUAUUAACAGAUUACCUACUUCAGUUCUUCAAAAUAAAUCUCCUUAUGAAUUAUUAUAUAAUCACCCUCCUGAUUAUACUCAUUUAAAGAUUUUUGGUUGCUUGGCCUUUGCUUCCACUAUUUGUUCUAACUGAACAAAAUUUGAUUCUAGGGCACAUAAAUGUGUUUUCAUUGGCCAUUCUUUAGGAUCUAAAGGAUACAAAUUAUAUGAUUUAAACACUCAUAAAACUUUCAUUUCUAGAAAUGUAAAGUUCUAUGAGAUGAUUUUUCCUUAUAAAACCAAGAAUUAUGAUAAUAAGACUGAUUCUGAUCUCUUAUAUUCUCCAAAUAAUAACUCUAUUAUUGACUACUUAAAUACUUUUUCUCAAAAUUACUAAUGAUUCUUCCAGUAAUAUGCAGACAGGUAAUGAUCAGACUGAUCACAAUACUACUGAAAACAGUUCUCCAAGAAAAUCUACUAGAGUAAGAUCUAUUCCUAUUCAUUUUAAAAGACUUUGAAUAUAAUUUGCCUACUUCUAUCAUUCCUAAUACUUCUCAAUCUUCAUGUAAUUUUGUUAGAUAUCCUAUACAAAAUUAUAUUUCUUACAACAAACUAAGUUCUUCUCAUCAUUGUUUUACUACUUCUCUUUCAAGAAUUGUUGAACCCAAAACUUAUAAAUAAGCUAUUAAAUCUUCUGAUUGGAAAAAUGCUAUGAAUACUGAAAUUAAAGCUCUUGAAGAUAAUAAAACUUGGAUUCUUGUUGAUCUUCCUAAAGAUCAUCAUACUAUUGGUUGUAAGUGGGUUUUUAAAACUAAACUUAAAUAUGAUGGUUCUCUUGAUAGGUAUAAAGCCAGAUUAGUGGCUAAAGGCUAUACUCAAGAAAAGGGCCUUGAUUAUUUUGAUACUUUUUCCUCAGUUGUCAAAUUAACUACUGUCAGAAUCCUUUUAGCUGUUGCUAGUUCCAAAAAUUGGUAUUUACAUCAAUUAGAUGUAAAUAAUGCUUUUUUACAUGGAGAUUUAAAUGAAAACAUUUAUAUGCAACUCCCUCCUGGUUACUUAGCUGAUAAUGAUCAUAGAGUCUGUAAACUUCUUAAAAGCCUUUAUGGUUUAAAACAAGCUUCUAGGCAAUGAUAUUUUAAACUUUCUGAAUCUUUAAAAAAAAUUGGUUAUAAACAGUCUCAAGCUUAUUUUUUCCUUUUUACUAAAGCUACUAAUAAUUCCUUUACUGUGAUCUUGCUUUAUGUUGAUGAUCUUAUCCUUGCAGGAAAUGAUAUGAAUGAAAUCAAUUCAGUCAAAUCCUACUCAAAUCACAAAUUUACCAUUAAGGAUCUUGGUGAGCUAAAAUACAUCUUAGGAAUAGAGAUUGCUAGAUCUGAAACUGGUCUGGUUUUAAAUCGAAGAAAAUACACCCUUGAUAUUCUAUCUGACUUUGGUUAUCUUACUUCUAAACCUUUUUCUACUCCUAUGGAUUCUAAACAAAAAUUUUCAAAAAAAUGAUGGUGCUCUUUUAACUGAUCCUAAAACUUAUAGAACAUUGAUAGGAAGAUUACUUUAUCUUACUGUCACCAGACCUGAUAUUGCUUAUUUUGUACAAACUCUUAGCCAGUUUCUUUCUUGUCUUACUAAUGUUCAUAUGACUGUUGCACAUAGGGUGUUAAGAUAUCUCAAAAGCUCUCCAGGAAAAGGUCUGUUUUAACCCUCUAAAUCUUCCUUUCAUAUUCAGGCUUACACUGAUUCUGAUUGGGCCUCUUGUAUUGAUACUAGAAGAAGUGUUUUUGGCUAUUGUUUUUACUUGGGUGAAUCACUGAUUUCUUGGAAAUCCAAGAAACAGUCUGUUAUCAGUAGAUCUUCUACUGAAGCAGAAUACAGGGCUGCUGCAAAUGCAGUUUGUGAAGCUCAAUGGCUUACUUAUAUUUUUCAGGAUUUAAAAAUUCCCAUAACUUUACCUAUUACUCUUUAUACAGAUAAUAAGUCUACUUAUUAUCUUGCUCAUAAUCCUAUACCACAUCGAUCAAAGAACUAACUAUAUUGAAUUAGAUUGCCAUUUAGUUAGAGAAAAAAUUAAUUCAGGACUUAUUACUCUUAAACACAUUCCUAAUAGUUGUCAACUUGCAGAUAUAUACACAAAGCCACUUGGGAAUCUACUCUUCAAUCAAUUUGUAGACAAGAUGAACCUGUUGGACAUCCAUGCUCAUCUUGAGGGGACAUCUAAAGAAUAUUAAACUGGAUCUUUUUAUUGUUUAUUGGGCCUUUGUAUAUUAGCCCAUCUUAUAUCUUCUAUUAGAAUAGUUUUUAGCACUUUAGUAUAAAUACAAUUGUAAAACUCUAAUCUGGAUAUUUUCAAUUCAUUUUUUGAUCUUCUUCAU